AUGGUGGGCAACGGGAAGUACAAGGGGAAGACCUUCGAAACCUUGUACGCCGACAAGUCCUACGUGACUUGGCUGGUGGACCACAUGGCCAAGGAGGGGAAGAUCGAGGAAGUGGCCACUCCGGCCAAGGACAAGACGGCAACCGUGAGGGACAAGAAGGGCGCCUCCGGAAGCGCCGAAUCUCCAUCAAGAGUGAAGCGGCAGGUGAACUCCAAAGGGAAGAGCACCGACCACCUCCUCCAGGACGAGGUGAUGCAAGACGAGAAGGAGAUGUCCGAAUGGACACGAGUGGAGGAGCACGAGGCGAUCCAAGCGGAGGUAGUGAACCUCGGCCAGCGGAUGGCGGUGAUCGAGGGCGCCCUCCAGACGAUCAUCGGAGAGAUCCAGAAGGGCAAGCGCCCGUGA